AUGAACGGAAAUUCUCAAAACAAUUAUACAGGUGGCUGGAAUAAUAUGUCAUCCACUGAUUUUAGUCAGGGACAAAUUCCUCACCGUAGUGGCCAUCACGCCUUUGCUGAUAACCGGCACAUACCACAUCAAAUGCCGGCAUAUUAUGCUGAUAACCAGCACAUACCACAUCAAAUGCCGACAUACUAUGCUGAUAAUCAGCACAUACCACAUCAAAUGCCGACACACUAUGCUGAUAACCGGCACAUACCACAUCAAGCGCCGGCACACUAUGCUGAUAACAGGCACAUACCACAUCAAAUACCGACGCAUCAUGUUGAUAACAUGCACUUAUCACAUCAAACUCCAACUGAUAAUAGACACUUACCACAUCCAACGCCGACACACUAUGCUGAUAACAGGCACAUGCCACAUCAAAUACCUACGCAUCAUGUUGAUAACAUGCACUUAUCACAUCAAACUCCGACUGAUAACCGGCACAUACUACAUCAAGCGCCGGCACACUAUGCUGAUAACAGGCACAUACCACAUCAAAUACCGACACAUCAUGUUGAUAACAUGCACUUAUCACAUCAAAUUCCAACUGAUAAUAGACACUUACCACAUCCAAUGCCGGCACACUAUGCUGAUAACAGACACAUACCACAUCAAAUACCGAUGCAUCAUGUUGAUAACAUGCACUUAUCACAUCAAACUCCAACUGAUAAUAGACACUUACCACAUCCAACGUCGACACACUAUGCUGAUAAUAGGCACUGGCAACAUCAAAAGGCGGCACACUAUGCUGAUAAUAGGCACUUGCCACAUCCAACGCCGGCACACUAUGCUGAUAAUAGACACUUGCCGCAUCCAACGCCUGCACACCAUGCUGAUAAGAGCCACUUGCCACAUCAAACGGCAGAGCACUGUACUGAUAUCUUGCCACAUCCAAUGCCGGCACACUAUGCUGAUAACAGACACUUGCCGCAUCCAACGCCUGCACACUAUGCUGAUAUGAGCCACUUGCCACGUCAAACGGCAGAGCACUGUGCUGAUAUCAUGCACUUGCCACAUCAAACAGUGGAACAGUGUACAGAUGACAAGCACUUGCCAAAUCAAACUCCGGUACAAUAUGAAGAUAAAAUGUGCUUGCCGCAUCAAAAGACAGAAGACUUGGUUGAUAAGAUGCACUUACCAAAUCAAAAUCCAGAAGACUGUGCUGCUAACAAGUGCUUACCACACAAAACACCAGAUCACAAUGCUGAUAAGAGGCAAUUACCUCAACAAACGUCUGAAGCCUAUGCCGAUAAGAGGCAGUUACCUCAUCAAACGUCUGAAGCCUAUGCCGAUAAGAGGCAGUUACCUCAUCAAACGUCAGAACACUCUGUUGAUAAGAACUUAUCUCAACAAACACCUAAAGACUCUGCUGAUAAGAAGUGCUUACCACAACAAACACCCGAAGACUGUGAUAAUAAGAAGUGCUUACCACCGCUUUUACAAUGUGAAAUUUGUGAUCUUAAGUUGAGUGCCAAGUGUAUGGAAAUUCAUAAUAAAGGAAUGGGACAUCGAAGAAGGGUUUUACAACUACACGAACAAUCAAUGAAACAUAAAACUUCAAGUGGAGAAGAGAUUAAACAUGAUCGGAGUUCUCAAACUAGUAAAGAAGCCUAUGCUGCUAACAAAUGUGGUGUGGAAACAAAUGAUGAGCCGCAAUCAAUCUCAAUGGAGCUACAAGCCCUUGGUGGUUGUAAUAUUAGCACAGUGGCUGAAGAUAAUUCUUCUGACUCUGAUGCAAUAGUAAUAGCACUACCACAAGGACUUGUGACUUCUCAGGUACUAUCACCAUCACCAGCAGCGGAAUCAAGUUUUGAACCUCCAAUUCAAAUCAAUUCCCUGAUCGAAGUAGAAGAAGGCACAAAACUCCACGAGGUUCAAAAUCAUAGUGUGGAAACAAAUGAUCAACCACACUCAAUAUCAAUGGAGUUCCAUGCCACUGCAGGUUCUGAUAUUAAUACCUCGACCGAAGGCACAUGUUCUGAUUCGGGUGCAAUCGUAAUAGCACCACCACAAUCUCCUAUUGCUUUUGAGGUAUCCACACCAGUAGCAGUUAUACAGACCGGAAUGUCAGAUAGCAAAGUGCAUAAUGAGAUUCAGAAUCUUAUCGUUGAUUCAAAUAAUCAGCAACAUUCAAUCUCAAUGGAGUUGCACGACGUUGCCGGUUCUAUAACAGAAGUUGUGAAUUCUGAUUCUACAGCGGUAGAAAUAUAUAAAGAACCACUUGCAUCCCUACUGCCAGAUGCAGCGGGGUCAAGUUUUGAGCCUGUAACUGAACAUGGUCUAGAUACUGAAACAGAACCUCAUGUGUCGGAAGCCAUAUUAUAUAGUGAGAGCCAACAUCCUGCUGGGGAAACAGAUAUUGAACUGCUACCACCUGUCUUAAUGGAGAUUGAUGUCGCUUUAGAGGUCGGUGCUGAAACCAAAACUGAAUAUGGAAAUUCUCAAGCGGAAAUGAAGAUGGAUGUCGAUCUUUCCCCUGAAUCAGGGAAAACUAAGGUUCUUAAGAUGUCUGUUUGUCUUACAUGUGGCGAUGAAGGCUUUGAAGAGGCAAUAGUAUAUUGCAGCAAAUGUGGAGAUUAUGCAAUGCAUAGAUAUUGUUUAGCCGGUCCUGUGGUUUUUACCGACAAGGUUACUUGGUUUUGUGAGGAUUGUGAAGAAAUGGUAGUAGAAGCAAAUCAUCCUAACAGUGAGACUCUAGAAUCAGAAAAAGAUGAAGUUGUUGUUGAUCCACAGCCUAUUGCUGAUUCAAUAUGGAGUGGAAGUUUGCAGCUUUUCAACAAAAGCUUUGAUAAAAUCAGUGGACUAAUGGGCCAUUUGUCCACAUUAGCUUGCCCUAAAGUUCUUGAGGAGACAAGACAUCUCCCUGAUGUGCUUUAUGCAAACUUGCUUCAAAGAUCAGCUGUGUGGCCAGAGAGCUUCAAGAAAUUUGGAACAAAUAAUCUGAGCAUUGGCCUCUAUAUCUUUCCUGAGAAUGAAAGGGUUGAGAGAUAUUAUGACAAACUAGUUGAUGAAAUGAUUUCCAAAGAUCUUGCCAUUAGAGUCAUGGUUGAAAAAACUGAGCUUUUAAUUUUUCCUUCCACAUUGCUCCCAAGACAAUAUAAGAGAUUUCAUUCAAAGUAUUAUUAUUUAUGGGGAAUUUUUAAAAGAAAGCAAGUCUCAAGCACCAUCAAAGAUACAUGA